AUGGAGCAACAACAAGAGCAACAGAUGGGAAGGGAUCCUUCAUCAUUGGGAAGAGGAAGCAACCGCAAAAUCCAUGUGGAGGAUAGCCCACCCUCACCUGUUACUAAAGACAGCAAAUACUUUCCUGAAAAAGAUCCUCAUCAACAGAAACAAGGGUGGAGAAAUUUUUUGGACUACCUAGGCCCUGGUUUUCUAGUCUCCAUGGCUUAUCUUGACCCAGGAAAUAUGGAAACUGAUCUACAAGCUGGAUCUCAUCAUAAAUAUCAGCUGUUAUGGGUUGUCCUCAUUGGGUUGAUCUUCGCUUUCAUAAUCCAGUCACUUGCAGCAAAACUUGGAGUCGCUACAGGGAAGCACUUGUCUGAGCUAUGUAGAGCAGAAUAUCCAAAGUAUGUUAAGUACUGCCUAUGGUUGCUAGCAGAGCUUUCUGUUAUUGCAGCUGAUAUUCCAGAAGUGGUUGGUACAGCUUUUGCUAUCAAUAUACUAUUUCCAGUAAUCCCAGUAUGGGGUGGAGUUAUCUUCACUGGUUUUAGCACUCUCAUACUUCUAGGCCUACAGAGAUAUGGGAUCCGGAAGCUAGAAAUAUUAAUUUCUAUCCUAAUAUUCGUGGUUGCCGCAUGUUAUUUUGGAGAAUUGGGUCAUGCAAAGCCUCCAGCAUCAGAGGUGCUACAGGGAUUGUUCAUCCCCAAUCUCAGUGGUCAAAGCACCACUGCCGAUGCCAUUGCCCUAUUGGGAGCCCUUAUCAUGCCGCACAAUCUUUUUCUCCACUCUGCUUUAGUUCUUUCAAGGAAGAUACCUACAAGUACUCGUGGCAUCGAAGAUGCAUGUAGAUUCUUCAUGAUAGAGAGUGGAUUGGCACUGUUUGUGGCAUUUCUAAUCAAUCUCUCAAUGGUUGCGGUAGUAGGAACUGCCUGCAAUGCCACUAACAUCUCCCCAGUAGAUGCAGAGCGUUGUAGCAACCUUACUCUUAAUUCGGCUUCUUUCCUUCUCCAGAAUGUAUUGGGAAAGUCAAGCUCCAUUAUUUAUGCUGUUGCAAUGCUAGCUUCUGGACAAAGCUCCAGCAUUACUGGUACUUAUGCUGGGCAAUUUAUCAUGCAGGGAUUCUUGGACCUCAAAAUGAAGAAUUGGAUUCGAAACUUGAUGACCAGAUUUGUUGCAAUUGCACCCAGCCUUAUUAUCUCCAUCAUUCUUGGCCCUUCUGGGGCUGGUCAACUAAUUAUUGUUGCAUCGAUGAUAUUGGCCUUUGAGCUUCCAUUUGCUAUGAUUCCACUCCUCAAGUUUAGCAGCAGCACCAGCAAGAUGGGGCCACAUAAAAACUCUAUUUAUAUCAUGGUGAUCUCAUGGAUCCUAGGGUCAGCCAUGAUUGGAAUCAAUAUCUAUUUCUUGAGCACAGCUUUCUUUGUUUGGCUGAUCCACAACAGUCUACCCAUGGUUGCAAAUUUGUUCAUUGGGAUCGUUGUGGUUCCUUUCAUGGUCAUCUAUGUUGUUGCUGUUCUCUACUUAGCUUUCCGAAAGGAUACAACAGAGACAUUCAUAAAUUCACCAAAGCUAGAUUCUAAAGCUGAAAUCGAAAUGGAGAAAGGGUUCAAUAAGACUGAUGGUGUCUCUGAGCUAAAUGAGGCUCCUUACAGAGAGGACCUUGCAGAUAUCCCACUACCAGAAUAA